AAAUUAUAUGAGCUUGAAUCUUCAAGGUUCGAGAAAACCUAGCCAAGUGAAUAGUCCAAGUUCUAUUAAAAAGCCUAUCAUUUCCUCGUUACUAUUUAAUUGUAGAGCUCCCAUAAAUGUUCCGAACAGCUCAUAAGUAUCACCUUAAAAUUCUGAUCAAAAUCUUCUAAAACCAUUGCAUUCUCAUAAAGGAUCUUAGGUGGAUGUCGCUAAUUUAACAAAAUUAAUUAAACACAAUAAAUCUCCUACUAUUGAAGCAUUUGAUACAUAAAAUAACGAGAAUUCAAGCUCGCAAUAAUUACAAGCAUUAUUAGCAAAAGCAAGAGAAAUCACUUAGAAUAAAUAAAAACCAUAAAUUGUAAAAUAAUAGGCUCAGGCGAUUUAAACAUAAUCGAUCAACCAAUUGAAAGAACUAUUUAAUAAUAAUUUGUAUUGUAGAAACACUUUUCACUUCCAUUUUGUUGUUGGAAUAGGAGGUUUCGGAAAAGUUUGGAAAGUAGAACAUAAAAAGACAGGUCAAAUUUAUGCGAUGAAGGAAAUGUCAAAGGCUUUGUAUGUUUAUUCCUCUUUAUAUAGAAUUAUCACAAAAAAAAGUGUAAAUUCAGUUAUGAAUGAAAGAAUUUUAUUAAGCCAAUUGAAGCAUCCUUUUUUAGUUAACAUGAAUUAUGCGUAUCAAGACAGGGAAACUCUUUAUUUGAUUAUGGAUUAUAUGUCAGGGGGAGAUCUUCGAUAUCACAUUGGAAGAAUGAGAAAAUUUAAUGAAGAAGAAACCAGUAAGAAAUUUUAACUAUAAUUUUUGAGGGUUCUUUGUAGCCUGCAUUUUUUUAAGUUUAGAAUAUGUUCACAGCAACAACAUAAUUCAUAGAGACCUUAAACCCGAAAAUCUAGUCUUGGAUAGCAAAGGCUAUGUUCAUUUAACUGAUUUUGGCAUUGCAAGAUUUAUGAAAUCAGAGAACUCAAGCGAUACUAGUGGCACACCUGGCUAUAUGGGUAUUCAAUCAUUCAAUCAGUUAGCUCCUGAAGUCAUGUAUAGAUAAAACCAUACAUUUGCUGCUGACUAUUAUGCUUUAGGAGUGAUUGCUUACGAAUUUAUGUUGGGCAGAGUAUAAAUGAUAUAGAUUUAUUUAGAGACCCUAUGUGGGAAGGUCAAGAUAAGAAAUUAGAGAGCAAAUCAUUGCUAAAUAGGUUCAAAUAAAGAAAUCUGAAAUACCUGAUAAUUGGUCGUUGGAGGGUGCUGAUUUUAUCAAUAGAGUAUUUUAUUAAUUCAAAUCCUUUCCAGCUAUUAUAAAGAAAACCAUCAUAGCGAUUAGGGUUUAAUGGUAGUCAAGAAAUCCGUCAGCAUCCUUGGUUUUUAAAUUUUCCAUGGUAAAAGUUGCAAGACUUCGAGUUGAUUCCACCCUUCAAACCAAAUGUAAAUGGAUGUUAUUAAAUUAGAGGACUGAGGAUAAUUUUGAUAAAAAUCAAAUUCUCAUAGAGGAUGAAGAAAAUAAUGAACUUAUCUAAUAAAACUUGCUUGUAUUAAAAGAUCCGGUUACUUAAGGUAUCAUCAUUUAAAUCAUAAAGAUCUAUUUUAGGGGUAUGAAUUUAAUGCAAAUUAAAGCCAAAAUAAGAUUUCAUCAACUACUGAUUAAUCUUCAAGUUCAUCAUCUAAACAUAGUAGAAAUUUUAGCCAAUAAAUUGAAAAAUAACAAUAUUUUGAAAGUAGUAAUAAGUGA